UCAAACCGCCGACACGGAGAACGGUCGUCUGAGUCAAAUAUGGUCAAAUAGUGCAAUUGCCUCGCGUUAUAUUCGCGUUAUUCGUAUAUAUCGCCCUGCAAUUUUGGGAUUUUCAAACGCGCACGUCGGAAACGCCGGCGCUCCGUCGUUUUCAAACGUCUUGGCGAUCGAACUCGCCGCUCCGAGGAGGGGGAGACGCCCACGCAAAUAUAUCAUGUAAACACGUGUAUUCGCGCAUGAGUUUGUAGGAUCCAGCUGCUUGGCGAGCCGCAGGCCGCAGCUGCGUUCAAAAGGGAAUUAAAUAUCGCAAUUGUAGAAGAAACGCCGCCAUCAACGUGUCCUCGAGAAACAAUUCUUUCGAGCGACGCGCGAAGUUCAUGCUUGAUGAAAAAAGAUCCGUAUCCGCAGAAACGUCGUCGCAAAAGAUGCGGCCCUCGAAGGACGUGAACAUCGUAAAAAGUUGCACGACGAAGUCGCGAGGUCUCCGCGAACGGCGGCUUCUUUCGCGAAGGGAAAAUAAAAUGGUACGCGACGACGUGAAACACAAGAUUCGCUUGUCCAACGAGACCUGCGUCGCCAGCGCGGACAACAAUGAUCCCAUUUACAUUUUACGGAAGGAAAUACACGAUUGGAGGGUGUCCGGGCAACUGACGGACGGAUUCGAGCAUGAAUGUCGCCUUACCAAAGAUGAAACGGAGAAGAGUUCUGUUCGAGACAACCAUGGCCAAACAGUUGCUAAAGAUCUACCAGAUCCAGGUGUUCUUCACAAAUUACCGAGCUCCACUGCCAUUGAUCAUUUAACGCGGCGCACGGAAAAUUCGAGUUCUCCGGAAACGUGCAACGACGGAGUCUGUUCUACGACAUCUCCAGGGGAGAUGACUUCCGUUCGCACGUGUUAUUGCAAACACGAGGGGAAUGUAGCGCGCAAGAAGGAUAAUGAUAUCAGAAUACACAAUGGGAAUCGACAGCCUGCAACUGCGGCAUCUAAAAAAUCGAUAGUCACGAGUAAAACUUGGAAUCCCUGUGGUAGCGACAGGGAAUCUCGUAAAAGAGCGAAAUGCGUCACCAACGAGGAAACGUUGCAGCCUGGCACGAGCCGACCGGUAGAAGCGCAGCCUUCCAAUCUCAUCUUAAGUCCCGAAACGUCGAUCGCGCUCGAAAACGCCGAGAAGAUUAUUAGCAAUGCAAAGAUGCAACUCAUAGAAGUCUGCGCAACGUCGAGCUUCGAUUCCGCACGACGGAAUAGAAAUACAUUUUCGGACGAGCCGCCGUUGGACGACGAGACGGAAGAGCGGCUGUACGUUCGCGAGCUGGUGACCUCCAAGAUUCACGAUGCAUGCUCCUCGAGAUUAUCAGAGGCGAAUGGCAGCAAGGCGAGCGAGCGUUCGGAGAAGCGCGAUUCUCCUCGUGUCACCGUUCGCAGGGUCGAUUUGACGACGCCGAAAUUUCGGGUAUUCCGACGACGGCGUGCCGACUGGUCGAGUCUGGGCUACGGAAGCAACGGUCGGUCGCGUGGACGUGCGUCGCACGUGCGUCGCCUGUCCGAUUGUCGUCGAAAGAAUCGAUUGAGAUCGCGAACGAGACGACGACGACGACAACGACCACGACGACGACUACGACUACGACGACGACGGCUCGCGAUCUUCGGCGAACGUCGUUGGCGCGAGAACGCGUGCGAGAUCCAAAUAGGACCGUCGGUGCACAUCGUCGACCGGGAAUUGACCAGGCAGGAUCUGGAGGACGUGCACAUCUCGCCGGAACCGUUCAGGACGGAGAGCCGCGCAAAUACGGCCACUUACACCCUCUGUCACGAAGUUAUCCUGAACGCGGAUAAUGGAGCGCACGAUCCGGAAGUAUCGGGGACACCGAGGACUCGACGCGUGAGAAUGGACUCCUUGCAACGAGGAAAACCGAUCGGGACGUCGAUCGUCGAAGCUGCGACCGAAGCGGUACCGACGACUCCUGCGGAAAAGAUUCCUCAAGACGUCGGGAAUUCCGAGCAAUUUGACGAACGAGUCGAAUCCCCGAGAGACCGAGAUUACGGGCAAGAGAGGAAGGAUCGAGGAUUCGCGGGCGCAAGAGUAUCCGAGCGUUCGAAAGACGCAACGAGCCGAGGAGCGGUUAAAUUCGCCGUGAUUGAGACCUCGAGAGGCGAUAGGAAUGAAAAAUCGAAGAACAAAGCGAGGCGCGAGAGCCACGAGGAAAUCGUGGGUGACGCGGAGAUCCGUUACGCGGAGGACGACGGAAUAUUCUGCGGGAUGAGCGAUGCCGAGCGCUCGCGGAACGACGACGAAAGCGACGUAGUGGAUAAGAUCCAGGCGAAGGAGAACCGAGGUGAUCGAUCAAAGCCACCGCCUGCCGGCGACAUCUCAAGGAGAGCGGGUUUUCCACGGCGCGAAAAUAUCGCCUCGCGCUGUCGAGAGGAGGAAAGUCCGAGGCCUUAUCGCACGAUUGAUGAACACUUCUCGCGCACGUUCAACAGUCAUAACGGGCAAGAUGGACCGCGCGACGUCGCCGGCCGAUCGUUCGACUGGGGCUGCGCCGCCGACGUUUCCCAGGCGGAGGACAACUUGGACAACGAGAUCGACUUGUAUCGGCCGCGUCUCGACGACUUGGAUUCAAUUCUGCACGCCAACGACAGGAAGAUCGAGCGUAUCGUUCGCGGGACCAGGAAUCUUUCGGAAUUACUGUCGGAGUGCAGGCUGAACGAGGAGGAAGAGCGAAAGUCGCGGGACGCGGAUCGCGAGAAACUUGGUCGCGACUCGUCGGCCGAUAAGAAUCGCGAGCUCGCGUCGAAAAGGUCGGAUAGAUCGUCAGUUUUGGAGAUUGAAUUGAGAAACGAGGAGCUCACGGUCUCGGAGACGCGUCGAACGAGCGACGACGAGCCGCUGGGAACGAACGCGACGGAGAACGGCUCUCGCAGCAAUUACUCGAAGAACUCCGUCGAGUCUAGCGUGUUUCCCGCGUCGGGCGGGACUUCUCGCGACAGCGACGAAGCUCAACGGUCGGCGGCCAAGGCGCGCCUGUCGGAAACGUCGAUGGACGGGUCGGAUGCCACGACGACGUUCUCCAACUUGGUGCCCGCGUUAUCCAGCACGCACACGGAGACGAGUCGUCAGCGGGAGGAGAAAAUCGCGCGGGAUAACGCGAGUAAACUCUCGGGACGCGAGAUUCGUUCCGGGAAGGGAUACAUCGACGACGGCGGGUCGGUUUUCGCGCAGCUCUUUCAGAAGAACGCGUCCCAGGUCGCGGACCAGCUCGUCACCUACAUCCUGCAGGACGAGAAACGUCGGAGCGUCGGAGGGAGGUCCCUGAGAGAGGCGACGCCCGCGGCGGUGCAGAAGCUUCUGAAUCAUUUGCGCGAGGCCGAAUCAAUCCGCGACGCGCGGCAAACGGAGACCAUGGACAUUUUACAAAAUAUCCUGAUUAACGUUAAGAGUCAGUCGGAUCGAGGAAACACGAACGACAGGGAGACGCGCUCUCGAGACACUGCCGAUUCCUCGGUGGCCCGAACGAACGCACCGUCAACCGCGAUCGAUGUACGCGGAACGUCGCGAGACGAAAAGGCGCGAGAGAUACAAGCGAAAAUUGAUGUCAAAGAUUCCUACGAGCUCGAAGGUCUUGACGAGCGCGUGUCUAACUUCUCCGAAUGUCGCGAAACGGCGAGAGACGGCGAUCGCUCCACGGCUCGAUGCGAGUCUACGCGACGCUCUGAGAAUAAUGACGAAAAGGACGCGGGUCUUCGGAGGGAAAGCGCGGACGUUGCAAAAAUUGUUCUUAGCGAUGCUAAAAAUCAGGCGGACCAAGGUGUCGAUGAGAACAGUACGGCGAGGGAGGAGACGCUCUCUCGGAACGUCGCUGAUAUUUCGAGGCUCGAGGGGACGAUUUCGCGAACGCGUGCGAAAGAUCAUGCGAGCGAUAUCGGACAAAUUGUCGGCGAAUCUAACACUCCCGGGAAUCCUGAUGAACACUUCCCUCCCGCGAUUCCAGAAACGAGAGAGAGCGUUCGUUUCGCGGUUCAUUUCGAGGCUGCUCGAGGCUCUAAGAAUAACAACAAGAGCAACAGCAAGGAAAACUCGGAGGCCGAAUCGUUAAAACAGAUCCCCGAUAUUCGUAGCGACAACGAGAAAAAUCCCAAAAGGAGUUCCGAACAUUUGCAAUUGUCUACGAAAAUUGCAUUUGCAAAAUCGAGAGAGGAGUGCAACGCAGAAGCUACCGAUUCGGUUGUCGCAAUUGCGGUAUCCGGGAACAAAGAAGAUUGUACAAAUGUCGAAAAGCUUGGAGAAGAUAAAACGAACGACGUACAGGCUAAUAAAGAUCAACAGACGAGCAAGAGUAUCACGAAUAAAACCGAUCAAAUGAUCGAUGCACGAUCGGAUGUCCCGGAAGAAGCGGUGAAAGAAGUUGCAAGUGAGAAAAUACGUGACGGUAGCACGCCGGCGGACAAAGGGAUAUUAUUUGCACCUUCGGAAGUUUCAGGGAUGAAGAACGAACGAGUUCGUUCGGAUGCGAGCUCUGCCAGAUCAAAGUUCGCCGACGAAAAUCUAACGAAAAAAGAUGCAGGUCUCGUACAUUCGUCGGCGAAGGAAGACACCGAAUCUGGACUAUAUGUCCGAUACAUUCCUAAGGAGAGGAGCAAUGAUCCUGCGGAUAAUUACUCAACCAAUCCUUUGCGAGACAGCGUUUUAACAGGUGCGGAAAAAGACGUGUCAUCUUUGCGAGAAGAUACGGCGCGUAACAAGCAAAUCUCCUUUGACAUUGCUGGAGAGGACAAUUCGACGGGGAAGACGAGGAACGAGAAAAUUCGCAAGUCGACGACGUUCGCGGUGGACGAAAACCGCAGAAACGGAAAUGAGAUCCCGGGACCUCAAAAAACUGCGAGAAACGACAACGUGAGACAGCCGAUUGAUUUGACAGAUGCACCGCGGAAGUAUAAAAUAGACGUCUUGUCUAGCUCCAACUCCAGCAUCAGCAGUACGCUGUUGGAUCACGAUGAUAGGUCGACCAAUGGCGAGUUAAGUGCAAACGUAAGGAGAAUCGGGACAACCUCCGAGACGUCUCAUUCCGAGGGAGAGUUGUAUAUGCCGAGCUCUUGCUCGUAUUCCCUCGGUGAGGUGCGCGUCCUGAGGAAACGCGAUUUAAUCGAGGAUAACGUGAUGGAUCGCGACAGCAGCGUGACGGUUCUCGUCACCAGGAGUAUGUUAACGUCCUUGAACGAUUCCACGGUGUCUCUACUGGAAAGUUCUGGACGCGUUUAG